AUGAGGGCAUUGGCUCAGGCAGCUGAAAUGAUGUCAAGGAAACUCGGUGGGAGUGUUGGUAGGCGCCGUAGGGAUACACCAGGAAUUGGUGGGCCCAGUCAGGGUCCAUCAAAGAGGGGAGGAUCUAGUUCCAGUUCUGCUAGUGGUGGAUGGUCAGGAGGACGAGGAUCUAGUUCUAGUAGUGGGAGAUCCGGUUCUCAUCCGGCUUGGACUCAGUAUUCAGGGCCACAGUCUACAGCUAGCACCGCCAGGGCUUCUUCCAAGCACACUGGGUUGACAUGUUUUAAUUGUGGACAGGUUGGGCACAUUGUGAAAGAUUGUCCCAGUUAUACCCAGGAAGGUGGACCGAACCAGAGUAGUAGCCUGACAUGCUACUUUUGUGGGCAAGUGGGGCAUACUAAGAGAAGUUGCCCAAUUAUACUCCAGAAUGAUGCAGCAGUUCAGGGAACUGGGGCCUAG